GGUGAAGGAACCGCAAACGGAAGUUCCCUGUUUGCUGCACGUCGCGUGUGAGGGAGGGCGAGGAGGACACAAGAACGAUGUUGAGUAAAGUGGUCGGACAGAAAUAUGUGUCCAUGGCUAAGUCGUGGAUACCAACACUGGCUGUUUGGGGCACGGUGGGUGGCGUAGCUGUGGUACACUUCACAGAUUGGAGAGUUAUUUUGGACUACGUUCCGUACAUCAACGGCAAAUUCAAAAAGGACGAAUAGUGGCGAUCAGUUUGUUGAUGGAGUCAACAGAGAUUUUAAACAGACUGCUGCAGCCGCUAUUUUAUAAUGCAGUGUAUCACAGCCUGCACUUCCUAUCCUGGUGGUCCACAAUGUCAUCGUCAUGAUCAUCAUCAGCAUCAUCGACUGUAAUGCAUUUGGGGUUAGGCGGUUCUACCUCAACCCGAAAAACUUGAGUGGAAAGAAUAUGAAUUUAUUUUUUUCUCACCAAAUGUACUUUAUGGGUUAGCUAUUUAUUUUUCAUCAUUGUCAACAAACGUUGAGCUGCCCUUCGAACAAAUUGUUCGGGAAGAGGAACUAAUAAAACGAAUGUGAAGUGUUAUGUUCAUUUGAAGUACAGUAGUUCACUUGUUAUUGUCCAUCGAAUUCAAAUUGAUCUUGAAUGCAAUUGAUUAAAUGCCGUUGCCGCUCUA